AUGGCUGACCCAGUUCUCAGGUUAAAACAGCACCAACAACACCUUUCGCCCCCCGAGCAGGGCCCUGGGAAAACAGGCUUAUCCUGCUCAAUGACCCCAAUAUUCACCAAAGACGCUUGUCCGCCAAAUUUAUCAGCUGCUGGCCCGUACAGUCAGGCCUUCCAGGCAGCUGGUCAGAUCUUCUGCUCAGGGCAGCUUCCGAUGGAUACAAAUGGAGUAUUAACCUCCGGUUCAAUUGCCGAGAAGACAGAACAAUGCAUCAGAAACCUCAAGACGAUUCUGGAGGAGGCUGGAAGUGGGAUUCAUAAAGUAGUGAAGGUGGCGGUUUUCCUUUCAGACAUGCACUACUUUGCGGAAAUGAAUGGCGAGUACGAAAAAUGGUUUCUGCAAAAACCGGCACGGACCUGUAUAGCGGUGAAGGGGUUGCCUAAAAAUGUGGAUGUUGAAAUUGAAGCUAUUGCCAUUCUGUGA